CCCCGCGCUGUCACGAGCGGCACGGUCGACGAGGAUCUCGCGUUCGAUCGUCAACGUAUUUUCCUCGCGCGAUCACAGUCGGCUGUCGCGUUCGAUCCCCUUGUGUUGUUUUGACUAUUUUUUUGUGCGCAAAAAAAAUCACAUCGUCUAUCUCUGAUUCAGCGAAAAAAAAGACAUGUACCAUUCCGAUUCCAAGACUCCUCGUCGGUGACCCGUUUCUUGCCGCGGGCAAAAAAAAAAACCCGCCUCAAACGGAUGCGGAUACCGGGGGCGAAACGUCAAGUCCGAACGAAAUUCCCACGGUCACUGUGGCGAUGCCGUUCAUGAUCGACAUGCUUGGCCAUUCCGGAGCGUCCACUGCUGCUGCACAGUCUACGACAGCAAAUCGAAUGGCUGAUGGAGAGGAGAUUCCACCUCCGAAACUAGACUUCUCUGCACCACCCCCUUAUGAAGUAGCCACCAAAUUACCCAGUUACGAGGAGGUUCAGCGUGAAAAGACUCUACAGGGCGAGCCGCAGCCUCAAGUACACAUGCCAGGAAAUAUUAGACCACCACAGCAGCCUUUAACAAUAUUGGCAAUAGAUACUGAAGCUGCGGAAGGCGAUCCAGAAAGUGGGCUGCUUGGCACAGAUUUUAUGUUUUUCACAGCGUUUCUUGUCGCAUUUCUUUUCAACUGGAUCGGAUUUUUGUUACUGAUGUGUUUCUGUCACACUAUUGCCUCGCGCUACGGUGCGCUAGCCGGCUUCGGAUUGUCUCUGACAAAGUGGACGCUCAUUGUUAAGCACUCCACCGACCUCGCUUCGCGGGAGAACUCAUGGCUGUGGUGGUUGAUAAUGGCAUUCGGAGUUCUAAUUUGCGUACGUGCCAUCAUUCAAUAUUUAAACAUCAAACGUGGUUGGAGACUACUGUCCGGGAGCGCACAGGAGCGUCUACUUUUUUUCUACUAAGGAUCAUUAAAUCUGCACCCUUAUUUUUUUCUUUACUCAACUUGGCUUUAGAGCAAACAGCAUUUCUAUGUGGGGUCGUAUUUGUAUAAUAUAUAUAACCGACAUUCUUAAGGGAAGAGCAUCGUGUAGAUCGUAAUAUCUGUCAAUCGUAUUUAUAUAGAAAAUGAAGAAUCUUGAAAAAUUAUUUGCCAAAUUCGUGCAAUGGAUGUGCAAUGGAUAUUAGUGAGAAUAAAAACAAUUAGGUCGUUUCUCGCAUUAUACACAUAUUGAAGGUAUACAAACGCUAUUUUAUGCAAUGUUAUACAUAGGUUAUGGGAAAAAAAAGAUGUCUGUACAUUUUUAUUGCUCAAAAUAAUACGAACAUCGCUUUACAAGUCGAUGAUUUUAUUUAUUUUAAGCGUUGUUCAUUUGAGUGCAGGUCGCGAAAGAACGUAAAUGUGUAGAGCGCAUGUCAAAUCGCAACUUAUGAAAAAUUGACAAGUCAAAAAUGAAUUUGCAGGAAGAGAUGAAAUAUACGAUUCGUUAUUAUUUCUGAAUAAAUGAUGAAUAAAAGUUUUCUAAUAUAUAAUACAUUCUAGCAUUAGAAAAGCUUCUAGAGAUUGACUACUUAUUAAAUAUAAGUGUAUUAAUAUCUGGCUUGUUUAUAUAGUAUUAUAAUUUAUAUAUAUAUAUAAAAUAUAUAUACAUAUAGUGAGAAUUCUUAUCGAGGAAGAAUUCUGAGAUAUAAAUGAAAAGUAAUAAAUAUUACGUAUAUGUAUUAAAAUUUAUUAUAUAAAGCGAUAUGCGAUUACACGUUAUUCUGUGAGAAAUUUCAUUGUUAUACUCAUUACAACGAUAAAACUAAGAGAUAGACA